AGGUACUACUUAUGGGUAAAAGUGGCUCCGGCAAGACCAGCAUGAGAUCUAUAAUUUUUGCAAAUUAUAUCGCAAGGGACACCAGAAGAUUAGGAGCUACAAUCGAUGUGGAGCAUUCCCAUGUGAGAUUCUUGGGCAAUCUUGUCCUCAAUUUAUGGGACUGCGGAGGCCAAGAGGCCUUCAUGGAAAACUACUUCGCCUCUCAGCGAGACAACAUUUUCCGAAACGUAGAAGUCCUAAUCUACGUAUUCGACGUAGAAAGCACUGAAUUAGAAAGGGACAUGCACUACUACCAGUCCUGUUUGGAAGCCAUAUUGCAGAAUUCCCCCGAGGCCAAAGUAUUUUGCCUAAUACACAAGAUGGAUCUCGUGGCCGAAGAUCAAAGGGACAUCAUUUUCAAGGAAAGAGAAGCUGACAUCAUUCGCCUCUCCCUGCCUUUGAUUUGCACCUGCUUCAGAACGUCCAUUUGGGACGAGACUCUGUACAAAGCUUGGUCGAGCAUCGUUUACAUGUUGAUACCUAACGUUAAGGAAUUAGAAAAUAGCUUGCACCAUUUCGCUAAUAUAGUGGAUGCCGAUGAGGUUCUGCUCUUCGAGAAAGCUACCUUUUUGGUGAUAUCGCACUGUCAACGGAAGCAACAUAGGGACGUGCACAGGUUCGAAAAAGUCUCGAACAUCAUAAAGCAGUUUAAGCUGUCUUGUUCUAAACUGGCUGCGCAGUUCCAAAGCAUGGAAGUGAGGAACUCUGCGUUUGCUGCUUAUAUCGACAUGUUUACCAGUAACACGUAUGUGAUGGUGAUCAUGAGCGAUCCACAGAUCCCGUCUGAAGUCACUUUGAUCAACAUUAGAAAUGCUAGGAAACAUUUCGAAAAAUUGGAGAAAGUUUCCAACUCUGCUUCUAGCAUCGCUCGAUGA